CUGGGUAGAAAAAUUAUAGACAAACACAAACGAUUGUUAGCUAUUUAAAAAAGAAGAUUAUACGACUUUCAAAAUCAAAAAUCUUGGAAAAAGAACUACUCCUAGGGGAGCCAACUCCUAUCCUAUCCUACUCAUUUCGCACCACAAAGACAAAAAUGGGCAAUACACCACCAGGAUCCCCAAGAGGUGGAAUCGCGGGGACCUAUCCCUAUGGCGGAAAUCCUGGACCCGCUUAUCACGGCUACCACCAGCCUCAACAUUAAGGUUACCGCUGAAGCAUGUCCUUACACAAUCACGACCCUUGGUUUUUCUUUUUCUCCUUGAAAAAGAAGCACCCAAGGAUAAAUGCAUCUCAAGGAAGAAGAUGCGACCGCGAUAGCUCUAACAUUGCGCAGAUCUUUACUCCUCCGCUUCUGUUUCAUCCGUUAUGAUGGUUCUUGUGAAAGAGAAAGACAUUCAGAAUGUCCUCUAUUGUGAAUGUCCUCCGAUAUCUAUUGUGAAUGUCCUCCGAUAUCUAUUGUGAAUGUCCUCUAUUGCUCCACCGAUAUCUAUUGUGAAUGUCCUCAAUUGUGAAUGCACUCUCAGGAAAAGAGAUGAACAAGAAGUACUAGUAGGAUCAUCUGCAUCGGCAGGGAACUAGGAGUUGUAGCUGCUAACCGAGUCUGAAACAAAAGAGUCACCGUCACGGCAGCUACGCUGUUCUUCUUUCAGUAAGUCGCCGCUUAUUUUCAGUAGUUAUAUUUGGUUCUUGUAUCAGAGUCCUCUUUAUCGAAUACGCGGCCUGUGUUCUGUUCUCUGGUCUAAUUAUUCUCCUAGCGCUGGUAGUUUACAAGACCACCUAGCGGUGGGUCGACCUACAACGACGGGGGCAUUGGCAGUAGAGUCCGGAGAUUUGGCCGGUGCGUAUCAAUACUACAGCAGUCUACCACAAAAUGCUGGACCAGCUCUAUUAGGUGAUGGACCCCAUCCUGGUAGUAUCCACGGCGGAAAUCUCCUUGUUAUGCUGGUGAUGGUCAUUUUUUACAACGAAGAUUUUUUUGGAGCAGGACUGUAUGUUUUGACUUUUGGUUUUGUCCUCUCUCACUCGAAAAAUGGGACCCGAGCAGCUACAAUUCUUGAUACCAUCUGGAUAUUGCGGUUGCUAUAAGAAAAAGAACUUGCUAUUGCUAUUGUUGUAAGAAGAAUAAAGAAGAAGAAGAGACGAAGAAGAAGUAGAAGAACAACGCCUUCUAUAUUAUAGAAGGCUUACCAAUUAUGUUGUCGUCUUCGCGUCUUCAUCGUCUGUGAAAGAGUCUUGAGCUAUGAAGCUCAAAAGGACAACUAAGAAGUGCGAGAUCUUAUUUUAUCAUCUAAGAACCAACGUAUGUAGAAGAACGAACCUUCAUUGAAAAUCUUUAGCCGCCAUUCAUUGAUUCCUACACCUUGCCCACAUUUCACUACUUGAUUGAUGCAGCCACUUCUCUCAGUCUCAUUUCAUUUCAUUCUACGUGAUACAACUAGCUGGCACUUCUCUCAUCUUCUUAUUUUUCGUGGUAGGAAAUGUUCUCCGUCUUUUCUUCGGUUUCAAUCAUCACCAUUCCAUAGGAAGCCUUCGAGUGUAUUUCUUUAGUGAUAGUGUUAAGCUAGGACGAAGUUAUUAAUAAAGUUACUAACUUAAUAUCCACUAUAAUCGUCUAGUAGAAAAUAAACUGCAUCUAAUUCCAUAGGAAAUGGGCCUGCUACUGGCUCCUCGAGUCCUUACCAGCAACCAUUGCGGAGCCAGAUCCUCUCUGAUGACAUUGUUUUCACUCCAAAGCGAAAUAGAGGGAUCUUCACACCCAAAAAUGACGCCGAAUUGUUUGGGGACCCAAAGAUGACUGCUCCUCCAUUCCUGAAUUUAAGGUAGCUGUAGUUCGUAUUUCCUUUGUCCUUCUUUUUGGUUCUUCAGUAGCCACUGAAGUCUGCUAGGUUAUCUAGUGGACCCACACCUAACCUAGCCUGUGCAGCUUCAGGAUUAUCGCAGGGUAAUUCAAUGUUCGUAUUGCGAGGACGAAUAUAGACCCAGGCCCCCAAAAAAAUACUCGCUUCGUCCGCCCUUGAUGAAUGAACACAGGGGAAGCAACGGCUCGUGUUCUUUCGCGGGGGCAGCUUUUGUUAUUUGAUUCUGAUGAGGCUAAUAAAAUUUGGCUUCGUAAUCGUAAGCUGCUUCUGCUAGAACAAGGAAGUUCUACUGCAAUUUCAGGGCCACAAAAACUAGAAGAUUUAAAAAUACAAUAGAAGUCAAAAUAUAAUGAUUCCUCGUUAUUUUGUAAGGGUUGACAGAUGGGAAGCAUCUCGUCCACUCAGACAACUUCUUUCGCGGGGGCCUUUUGUUAUUUCAUUCUGGUCGUGAGAAUGACGAGACAAAAUGAAAAACUAUUGUAAAGAUACGCACAGUACACGGAUAGCCUCUAACGAUUCGUCCUUUUGUAAGGGGGGAAGGAGAAACGCUACCGCCGGGAGGUGCAGUCUUCAGCUAUGAUAGAGUUAAGGCUUAAGAGAAUCUGGCACUAGUUAAGGCUAGUCGUGGCUUAAGAGAAUCUGGUAUUACUAGUUAAGGCUAGUCGAGGCUUAAGAGAAACUUCCUGUUGAAUUUAAUUUGAACGUAGUUAGGUGCCGUUGGCGCUCGAGGUGCAGGAUCCAUGACCUAACCUAGCCCAUUUCUAUUCAACGUCAAAGUAUCCUAAUACCCUAAGAACUACCCCAGUAUUGCACAAGAAGUUAUGAGCUGUACUUCUCGUUUACGUACGUUUGAAUUUGUUCUACGAUUAUGCGGAGUACUCCUCUGCACAGAUGCAAUCAGUUUCUUUCUUUUAAGUAAAAUAAGUUUCUUGAAUUCUAAGGCCAAUGAGAUUGUUCUAAGAUUAUGCGGCCUCCGACUGCUCCUCCGGCAACCUCUUCGUCCUUCGGCUAUCCACCUCCAGACACGUCCAGGUCCAGGUCUCAGCAAGAACUUCUUCUCCCAAGAAUGCAGGUCAUAAAUGUUAAGGUGCAUCAACUACAUUUGGACGUCGGUGUUGUACCUGUUGUACCGCGAUUCGCCGAAUUUAAAGUAGAAACUAGACACCGUGGACGUGGUGGACCGGGAGGACCACAGAAAAAUGCAUAAAAAUUCUACUUCGUGGUCUAACAUCGUGUACGUGAGGAGCAUUUUUUGAAUUUUCUACGUCUAACCACCGACCUGCAGCACCACCAGCAUCGAUCAUGAACAGUAGAGGCGUUGUGGAACGUCAAGUGGAGAUCGUUAUAAUGGAUGAUGUUUUGUCUCCCAUUUAGCAGACCAUCUAGGCUGUCCCUUACCCUUUUCCACCCAUUUGAUGAAACUUCUAUUCAUACAGUUUAACUUUAAAAGGGACAGGGGGCCUCGAGGAACUCGAUGGCCGGCCUCUAGUUCUAGAGGGGAGAAAAAACACCAUUCAUAGAGGUUUCAAGUUCAACUCCACAAAUUCUUGGCGCCGAAUCCGACACAGAGCUUUUCCGAAUACAGUUCGCGAAAAACAAGAAAAAAGCGAGAGAAGCGGAGGUGACUACAACAACGUGAUUUAUAAGUAGAUCACUCAUUGCUUUUGCACCUCGUUGUACGUCUACGUGUGAUCUACUUGGUCUACUUGUGGCAACAAGUUGGCAUUAUCUUCGAUACUGACAGGUGCUGGUAAGGCUUUUGUUUCCCUUGUUGUACGGUUUGGCUUAGUUAGGUCCAGCGACGCGCAAAGAACUUCAAGAAAAGUAACCGGUUAGUUUUCUCUCCUACAUCUUAGGUAGCUCCCUCAUCCAAGGCAUUGGCAGGUAAAGCGUGACUUUUUAGCGGAGAAAGUGCGCGAAAUGAGAAACGAGUUUCGCGAAGACCACGUCGGCGAAAAUCUAUCCAUCGCAGACAGCAACCUCGACAUGAUUCGAGAGUACUAAAAUUUUGAAGAUUUUGAACUUCUUGCCUAGCUCAAGAGGAACUAUUAGAAGGCACCGUGAGAACUAUUCGGAGAUAUGAGAACUAGGCCAGAGUAGUUUAUAGCACGCAUGGUGCAUGGAGUAGCAUGGAGUGCAUGGAGUGCAGAGCUUUAAGGGGCGCAAGAGGCUCCCCCUUUAGCUCCAUGCUACUCCAUGUGAUCCAUGCACUCCAUGCCAUGCGAGCCGUGAAACCUUAUAAACUGCUCUGAACUACUUACAAGAAGAAGAACUACUCGGAGGAGGUAUCUUUACGAAAACAACAAGGUACGAUGCCAAACUGCAGGAGCAAUUUCUUCAACUUGUUCUACUAAAGUGUUACAUUAUCUUUCAGGUACGACGCCAAACUGAAGGAUUGGAACGGCAAAUUGAGUACAGCACUUGCAGACUUGAUAGCGGAGAAGGAGAAACGCGUUAGAAGGAAAGAGUCCUUACUUCGUGAUUUACGCAGAGGACCAGGACUUACGUCAGUAUUGGAGCUUCUGACUUUGAAUUUUUUUGAGUUGAUGACAAGAUUGAUAGUUGGAGACGUAGAGGUACUUAAUACCAGUUGUAGCAGAAUAGCAGAUGACUUACCGUCUACUGCAUGUAGCAGAAUAGCAGAUGACUUACCGUCUACUGCAAUUUUAUAGGCCCCCUCCACCGCCAUCACGACGCAAGACCCGGGCUCUGAGGAGGAGAAUGCUUCGAUUGCUCAAUAUAUAUGACAGGAAAAAGUGUACGCAUGCUGCUCACGAGAACAGAGUUUUGGCGUUUUCAUAGUCUUCAUGAGCGCUCCCCUCUCUGUACACUUUUUCGCUUCUUCAUAAAGUAGGAGAGAAAUCGAUAGACUGAAGGAAGAAUUGCACACAAGAGAACUGGAAAUGCACGAACUGCAAGAGCACGCUGAAGUAGAAAUGGGCACCUUGAUUGUUAUGACUGAGACAAGCGGUAUCUUCAUCUUGAUCUUGUGUAGAAGUACAACAACAUGAGAGGUUAUAAUUGAAGGGGUACUUAUAAUCUUCUAUCACUAUCUUGAUGAUCAUUUUUGUAAAAAUUGUCAUUGAAGGGGUGUUCUUGUACUAGAAGUGGGACACAUUCAGACAAACACCUCUUGCUAGGCACAUUCAUUCGUUCACUCACACUCACUCAUUCUCUAGUACAUCAUGGGAAGUUCGAUCCAUCAGUAGCACAUUUAGAAGUAGUAUCUUCGAAUGCCUGCCACUACGAAACCUUAUCAGCGCAGGUCGUGGAGGAGCUUCCUAACGAAGCACAGCUUCCUGGCGACGAGGAAAAUAAAACACAAAGUUACGGAGAUCACAGCUGUUGGAUCGGAUUCAUACUUAGACUCUAACCAUGAAUCGGAUACUCUAGGUGGAGUACUCUCCCUCAAACACAUACUUUCAGUAUCAUGAUCUCGUCUCAGCUGUAAAAAAUUCCCUGCUUUGCUCUUUUCUGAAAAGAGGAUCAAAGGGAAUUUCCAACAAGAUAGGAAGAUGAUGCUCAUGUGAAACUUAAAGCUUAUCUCUGUGGUAUCCUGUACCUUCAGAAGCGACCCCAAUAGUAGAAGAAUACAUCAAGGUGGCCACUAAGUCCCAGAAUUAUAGAUCAUCAUCAAAUCCCUCCAAUCGCCGUUGCAAGAAGAACCUGCUACCCUACCUCUCGUAAACGCCCCCGCCUCUGGAUGCGUCUCCCCCUUCCCCUUUUCCCCUCUUUGAACUACUUCCCCUCUUUGAACUACUACUAACUUCUACUAACUACUACUAACUACUACUAACUACUACUAACUACUACUAACUACUACUAACUACUACUAACUACUACUAACUACUACUACUACUACUACUACUACUACUACUACUACUCCUACUAAGUCCCAGAAUUAUAGACCAUCAAAUCCCUCUAAUCGCCGUUGCAAGAAGAACCUUCUACGCGGCAACUGGGAGAAACUGGCGGCAUUGGUGGAGGCAUAGAGGAGAGAGACGACACCUCUUAUCGCUUACAGACUGUUUCCUGAAGAUCAUGUCGAUCAUGUAGGGCUUGGGGCUUAGGGUGUUAGAAGCUACAGCUGGAGGACGAUGUGGUCGGGAACACAAGAACGAUUGCGAGUGUAAGAUGGCUUACUGUGCUGAAGAACAGUUUACGGCGUUGAACAGUACAGCCUUGUAGCGCAGGAAAAGUAGAGACUCCUCACUGAAGCUGAGGCUCUUGACUUAUAGACCACAAGAGCAUUGUACUAACCUUUGAGAUCUUCAUAGAAGAUUAUGGAGGAAGCCUCGAUGAUUGAAUCUAGUGCUUCCAGCUACCCAAGAACGAGUAGAGGUACAUCUUCUGAUGUGAGUAGUUGAAGAUAUCUAUGAUAUUGAGUGUCGAGUCGCUGGAUCUGUUUCGUCUUGCCGGUAGCUUAGGAUGGCUACUUGAGACGCCAUGAUGAUGAUGAGGCUGAGUACUACUUCACUGGGCCGUGGUGGCCUCAGAGGUAGACACCAGUUGCUGCGCAAGAGGUGCCAUGACAUGACAGAG